UUAAAACUAUUUCUCACACAUGCAGAAAGUGGAGUUUGUGCGAACAGGUUACGGCAAGAAGACGGUGAAGGUGCUGGUCGUCCGGAGGCAGGGAAGACAGCAUUCUAUCAUUGAGGUGAAGGCUGAUGUGGAGCUCACGCUCAAGUCACGCAAAGAUUAUCUAACUGGAGACAACUCAGACAUCAUCCCUACUGACACCAUUAAAAACACCGUGCACGGUUUGGCCAAGCUCAGAGGGAUAAAGAACAUCGAACAGUUUUCCCUGGAUAUCUGCAAUCAUUUCCUGACCUCUUUUAACCAUGUGCUGAAGGCCAAAGUUUACAUGGAGGAAGCUCCGUGGAGAAGGCUGGAGAAGAAUGGGGUAGAGCAUGCUCAUGCGUUUAUAUUCAGCCCAGAAGCUUACCGCUUCUGUGAUGUUGAACAGACUAUCGGUGGCAUCCCUGUGGUUCACAGUGGGGUGAAGAAUAUGAAGGUGCUGAAAACCACCCAGUCUGGUUUUGAAGGUUUCUACAGAGACCGCUUCACUACUCUGAAAGACGCCAAGGACAGGUUUUUCUGCACCUCUGUGUACUCUAGGUGGCGCUACAACAAGAUCCAGGACACUGACUUUGACGCUGCUUGGAAGACUGUGAAGGAGACGAUUAUUGAGAAGUUUGCUGGCCCCUAUGAUCGCGGGGAGUACUCGCCCUCAGUGCAGAAGACCCUGUAUGAAACUCAGGUUCUAGUCCUGGAUCGACUUCCUGAGGUGGAUGAAAUAGAGAUCAUUAUGCCCAAUGAGCAUUACUUCACCAUAGACAUGACAAGAAUGGGUAUUGUCAACAAUGAUGAAGUACUCCUUCCUCUAGAUAAUCCCUCAGGGAACAUAACGGGGACAGUACGCAGGAAGCAGCGAGCGCGGCUCUAA